UGACGUCCGCGCAAAGCGGAAGAGAACGCGGCGGUGCGACGGGGGAGAGUCACACAUGACAAGAGUUAUUAAUGAUCAGAGUUUUCAUGAAACGAUCAGAUGAACGGGUUUAAUCUCUGCCAGGAUGCCGCUGUUGACGCAGAAUAAGCGAAUAGAGCGCGUGAGCUCGACCGCGGAACUCUUCAGCAAAUACCCGAAUUUGAAGGAAAGUGCGAAGCAGUUUGUGUCCAGAAGUCCAGAGGCCGUGGACACUAAACAGCUCCUGUACGUCCAGCAGCGGGAGUUUGUGGCGACCACACCAGCGGACAAUUCGGUCUCAGUCCUGGGAUCCGACGACGCCACAACAUGCCAUUUAGUGGUGCUUCGACACACAGGCAGCGGGGCGACGUGUCUGGCACACUGCGACGGCUCCAGCACGUGGACCGAGGUUCCUCUCGUAGUCAGCGCCGUCACUUCUAGAAGCAACCCAGCCAAAGAGGGCAGACUGGAGCUGCACCUGGUCGGUGGAUUCGAUGACGACCGGAGGACCUCGCACUCACUCAGCCUUAGUAUUCUGGCUGCCUUUCAAAAGCAGAAGGAGGAGAUUCACCUGGAGACGUGCUGCAUCACAGACAUGAAUGACGUCAUCAAAGAUGGGAUUCAUCGGCCCGUGGUGUAUGGGAUAGGUGUAGACGUUAAAACGGGUGACGUGUUUCCGGCGUCAUUCACGUGUCGAGGACCGGCGGAGGAGCUCCGAUCCGCUCGCACCUUCUCUGGUGGACAGAUGGUUGAAGUGUAUGACUCUAGCAGAGAGCUCGUGAAAAUCGGUCCAUGCAGAUGGACGCCAAACAACGACAUGGCCUUCUGGCUCUCCCAAGACGACGAAACCAUCCUGCAGUUUUUGUCCACGUCUCCGUACGCAGAGCCCCCUCACUUCGUCCGUCACAUCAAGUCCACCAUCCAGUUUCUGCUGGAUCAUCCGACCGCAGACGGGCUGUUCCCGGGCGGUCAGCCGCAUCUGUACCGCCGCGCCGAGGACGGGCGCUGGAAGAGAGCCUGAACCCGACCUCCGACCUCCGUGACCCCGCUGUAACCCAACUAAAGGCCUUCGACGUCUGAUGUUUAAAGCAGGAGCUCCUUGACAGCGAUCUGAACUGACCGAAGCUCGGAUCGAAAUAUCUGAUGUUUCUAACUGCACCUGCCGGCCCUUACGUACAAAGACGUUUUCUUUUCUUUUUUUUGUUUGAUAUUCGUUGUGUACGUCAAUGCGUCGUAUGUCGUGUCCUCUACUUUAAACUAACAUGUGAUGUUGUUGUCUUUUUAACAUCUAGCUUUAUUUAAAUCGCUCGUUAAUUUUGGAAGCUGUAAAUAAUGCUGUGAUCCUUUGAGGAGGAAUAAGAGAAUUAAAAUCACGUUGCCAGUGGAA